AUGCCUUUGCUCCAUAGCACCAAAGCGCCAAACGAGCACCUCAUCUUCGUCAAGAACGUUCCCGGCUACUUUGCGACUGACGAGAUUCGCAGUCUGUUCGCCAAAUACAAUCCAGCAAGCAUCAAGAAUGUAUACCCCAACAGCAAUGUCACUACGAUUGUGAUCGGCUUCCGCACAAAGGAAGAAGCUUCGCACGCUCAAGCGGAGACAGACCAGACUCGCUUAGCGCAUGUCGUGCUAAAGGUAGAGACGUACAACCAGAAGCAGUCAGUGAGGUACCUCAGGGACCAAGGACAAGUCACUCGGCCGCGAGGCGCUGCGCAAGAAGACGAAGCGCAGUGCUAUGACGAGGAGCCGGUACAAGAAGAGGGGCCGGUCUUCACCCCACCCAUGGAACCGCACGUUGCAAGAGAUCCCACUGCUGCACCGCAGGGCACUACUUGGGCUGAUGUCGCUGGUAAUCGACGUGCUCUGGUCCAUGAGGCGCCUACUAUGCUCGAGGUCGGGAGUCCAGCUACUACAGAAUCCACACCUAUAUCCACACCCCGUAUGCCAAUAGUUGUCCCACAGAAGCUCUUUGCACCAGCCCUUGAGCACAAAAGCUCGCAGCACCCACCUCCGGCAGUCGUCUCGUUAGGCUACAGCACUCCAGAAGCCCUCGUCAUCCCACCAGCUCUCAGUUCCCCCCGUACCGACACAUACUCUACCGACGAGAUCGAAGACCAAAUUAGAAAGCUCGGCAAUGUUCCAGACUGGAUGACAAUCGCACAGUGGGCAGAUGAUAGCAGUGGCCGAGAACCCACACGUUUUCCAACAGAGCCUCUCGAUACCACGGCGCGCAUCCGGGCGAAGCACUGUCGAAACUGCGCAUUUUGUCAGCUAAGAGAUCGAUACUAG